AUGUGCAAAGAAUUCGGUCAUUCCACGGUCGAUGCCUUUAUAGAAAACGGUAUCUUGGAAUAUAGAGUUAUGGACGAAAUUGGUGUUGAACGAAAUAACGAAGUUGAGAUCCCAUUUGUGGUACCAGGAAGCAUGAUGAUAUUUCGCGCUAUGAAUAUACCGUGA